GUAAACAAGACGCUCAUGUCUCCUGUCAGCCUUAACAGGUCCAUUACAUUAGCUUCACUCGAACGGGAAGUCAAGACCGUGACAACUGCUGGGCAACUGGCAAAAGCAGAGUGGAGGGAGGGAAUUUUUUGUGGUCGCAGUUUUUCUUACUUGGGUUUUCGCGGGGAUAUCACAAUCGCCCACGAUCACCACCGAAUGGCCACUCCUUCGAUUCUGAGUCUCAGAGCGACCACCUCUCACUUUCUUGUUCCAUCAUCUCCUCCCUUCUCGUUCUCUCUCGCUAAUAAGCCCAAGUCAUCAUCACCCUCGUUCUCAAACUCCCUCAACUCCAUCAAGAUGAUGCAGCAGGGCAAUGAGAUUACAGAGGAGGAGGCAGCGGGGAAGGCCGAGGCCAAUGCGGGCCCGGCGAGGAGAGUGUUCGUCGCCGGCGCGACGGGGAGCACCGGCAAGAGGAUCGUCGACCAGCUGCUCGCCAAGGGUUUCGCCGUCAAGGCCGGGGUCCGCGACGUCGGCAGGGCGAGGGCGGCCUUCCCCCAGAACAAUCCAGCCCUUCAAAUUGUGAAAGCUGAUGUGACGGAAGGGUCCGAGAAGCUGGCUGAAGCAAUUGGCGGUGACUCCGAGGCUGUGAUUUGUGCCACUGGGUUUAGGCCGGGGUGGGAUUUGUUCGCUCCUUGGAAGGUUGAUAACUUUGGCACUGUCAAUCUUGUUGAAGCUUGCCGCAAACUUGGAGUGAACAGAUUCAUCUUAAUUAGUUCUAUCUUAGUAAACGGAGCUGCUAUGGGGCAGUUGCUCAAUCCCGCUUACAUCUUCCUCAAUGUUUUCGGUCUCACCUUAGUCGCCAAGCUUCAGGCAGAGCAACAUAUCAGGAGAUCCGGAAUAAACUACACUAUAGUAAGGCCUGGUGGUUUGCGUAACGAACCUCCCAAGGGUAACAUUGUCAUGGAGCCUGAGGAUACUCUGUAUGAAGGCUCUAUUUCCAGAGACCAAGUUGCAGAAGUUGCUGUCGAGGCCUUAAACUAUCCGGAAUCCUCUUACAAAGUUGUCGAGAUAGUCGCCCGCGAGGAUGCUCCCAAGCGUUCAUUUGAAGAACUGUUUGGUUCUGUUAAGCAGCGGUGAAAUAUAAAUUUCAGGAGAGGGAAAUUUUUCUCAGGCAUUAUCCGCUUUAGUCUAGCGACGUCUGUGUAUGUGACGCUACAUAUUGUACAUUGGUUACAAAGUGCAGAAAUAUGUCGGUAUUCUUUGACGAGCAAA